AUGCUGCCGCCGUCGCCGUCGCUGCCGCUGCUUGUUGAGUACCGCUGGGCAGCGGCGUUCUGUUGCUUUUUGGGGCCUGUCGUGCCGGCGUCGUUGUGGUGCUUACAAGCGUGCUUUUUUUUAUUAAUACUAUUAUUAAUAUUAUUUUAUUUGGUCAACGCUCUCUCUUGUUCCGGUUCCGCGUUUCUGUACUCUUUUUGUCUGUCCGUGUGUGUGUGUGUGUGUGUGUAUGUGUGUCCAUUCGCGUCUCUUUUGCGUCGUUUGUCUUCUUCGCGGUUCCCUUCUUCUGCCGCGCACGCUGCUUCUUCGGCCACUUCCAAUGCUGCUGCAUAGCUAGCAUUUAGUGGUUUUUUUUUUUACAAAUGUGAUAUAAUUUUGUUAAGUAUUUAUUUAUUUAAUUGCCAAAAAAAAAACCGCUGAAAACGCACACACAACACAAGGAAUUCCACGUAGUAGCAGCACUCGCAGUCGCAGCCAACGCCAGCGGCAACCGAGUCCCCCAGCCGCCGCCACAAUGGUCUACUCCACCAACAUUCUGCUGGCCAUCGUCACCAUCCUGACAGCCGUUUUCGUGUGGUCGCGUCGCACCUAUGUCUACUGGCAGCGCCGUCGCGUCAAGUUCGUGCAGCCAGCGCAUCUGGUGGGAAACCUCAGCAAGGUGCUGCGUCUGGAGGAGUCGUUCGCCCUGCAGCUGCGACGCUUCUACUUCGACGAGCGGUUCCGCAACGAGCCCAUCGUUGGCAUCUAUCUGUUCCACCAGCCAGCGCUCCUCAUCCGGGACCUGUCGCUGGUGCGCACCGUGCUCGUGGAGGACUUUGUGAGCUUCUCGAAUCGGUUCGCCAAAUGCGAUCUGCGGCACGACAAGAUGGGCUCGCUCAAUCUCUUCUUCGCCAAGCAGCCAGAGUGGCGGGAAAUACGGACGAGGCUGUCACCCGCCUUUACGGGGGCGAAGAUUAAGCAAAUGUUCUCUCUGAUGGAGGAGAUUGGCUGCGACUUGGAAUGGUAUCUGAAGAGACUGACGCGCGAUAUGCGGAGAAGUGACGCCUCCGCACGCGGUGUGAUCGUGAGCAUUAAGGACGUGUGCGAUCUGUAUAACACGGACAUGAUCGCAAGCAUCGCCUUCGGCCUGAGAUCGUAUAGCCUGAGGAGCACGCAGUCGGAGAUCGGCUCACACUGUCAGGACCUCUUCCGGCCGAAUGUGCGGCGUAUAAUCGACUUUUUCGUGAUAUUUUACCUGCCCAAGCUGGUGCCGCUGUUACGGCCCCGACUGUUCACGGAGCCGCAUGCGGAGUUUCUGCGCCGGGUCAUCCAGCUGGUGAUCGAGGAGCGGGAGCGUGGCGGCGACCUGCGCAACGAUCUCAUCGAGAUGCUGCUCACCCUCAAGAAGGAGGCGGAUCUGCAGAAGGACAAAUCCCACUUUACGCACCAUCGCGACUUUCUGGCCGCCCAGGCGGCCAGCUUUGAGGUGGCCGGCAUCGAGACAUGCUCGGCCAGCAUGUCCUUCGCCCUCUACGAGCUGGCCAAACAGCCCCUCAUGCAGGCCCGACUACGGCGCGAGAUACGCGAGACCUUCCAGGAGUCGCCGGCCGGGGCGCUCAGCUACGAAAUGAUCGCCCGGAUGAAAUACCUUGAAAUGAUUGUCGAGGAGACGCUCCGCAAGUAUCCCAUUGUGCCGCUGCUGGAGCGUGAGUGCACCCCCAUUAACAAGAAACGCUUCUACUCGCUCCGUCCGCACGCCGAGUGCUAUGCCCGUCGCGGCAUGCCCAUCUAUAUAUCCAAUCUGGCCAUACACCAUGACCCAAAGUACUGGCCGGAUCCGGAUCGCUUUGAUCCAGAACGCUUUAGUGCCGAAAAUAAAUCACAUCAAGCCCCGAUGUCGUAUCUGCCAUUCGGCGCCGGGCCCAAACAUUGCAUUGGCAUGCAGAUUGGCCAAUUGCAAAUAAAACUGGGACUCAUAUACUUUCUGCGUCGUCAUCGGGUCGAGUUCUGUGAGAAGACUGUCGAGCGCAUCAGCUUUGAUGCGAAGUUUGCGCUUUUGGCCAGCGAACACCGCAUUUACCUCAAGGUCGCCGAAUGUUUAUAGCGCGCCUUAUCAUCAUCACCUUUGUUGACAGAAGCAACGACCGACCCGUCAGCAGUCAUCAUUAUUAGCCUCCCCCCCCCCAAUCUUUGUCAUCGUUGUGAUUUUCGUUCUCGUCGUCGUCGUCGUCGACAUUGUCAUCAUUUUGCCACAUUGUAUAUACCACACAGGGCAUGCCUCAAAUAAAUUUUGCUACGUC